UUUAAAUUUCGGCUUAUUGGACCGACUUCUGGCUUUUUAAAAACGCUAUAGUGUUUUAAAGUAAAUUUUGCCGUUGUUUUGUAAUAUAAUUUGCCAUUUUAAUUAAUAAAGGGGUCGACUGCAGAUAGACAACGUACAAUAGUAAAAAAUGCUUUUUUUAACCCUUUUAAAACAAAUUUGUCAAAUAUUGGUAAACAAAAUUAAAUCUCUGUGAUGCAUCAUAACCAUGCGAAGAUUUUAAUACAAAGUGUCUAGUUUUCAAUUUUAAUACUUAAGUGUAUAGACUCAAAUUGUCAAAUGUCAACUGAAAAGGAUCAUUUAUCAUACAUUAACAAUGUUCUCAUCAAAGAAAUUGAAGAGAAACUACGACCAGACAAACUUUUGGAAUUUGAAGUUGAGCAUUCCACAGGCUUAGAUGGGUUUAUGUCUGCUUUGUAUACAAUAAAUAUGAAAGUUUCUGACGAGAGAAAUAAAAAAGAAACUUCACGUAGGCUCUUAGCUAAGUUUAUGAAAGGUGAUGAACAUUUUAGAGUAUCAAGUAGAUGUUAUAUUCAGUUUGCAAACGAGAUAUUGAUUUACUCCAAAGUUAUACCUUACUAUGAAAAAGUAUUAUCAGAAGCUGCUGCUCAAUCCACUAAAGCAGAAUGUUGGAUUCCCAAGGUUUAUGCAGCGAAAUAUGGAAAAAUUGACGGGCUUAAUAGUGACGGAACAACUUCUAAUGAAAGCGUUUUAGUGUUAGAGCAUUUAAAGGAGAAAGGUUACGCCAUGGGUCCUCGACUAUAUUUAGAUAAACCACACAUGCUUGCUAUGGUCAAACCACUAGCAGAAUACCAUGCAAUGACAUAUGCACUAAGGAUAAAAAAAGAUAAACAUUUGGAAGAAUUGAUUAAAAGUAUAGUCCCUUUACCAUUUGUAGAGACUGCAGACUCUACCAAGAAUUUCUAUGAUCCAAUAUAUAAAGUUGCCUUUGAUCGAUUCUUUGAUUAUUUUAAUCGCUGUAAAAAAAAUCUCAUUUCAAAGGACAAUUCUCAUGAUAUUCAAUUAGAAAAUAACAUAAACAGAUUGUACACAAAAUAUGGAAAGACUCCUACAAAAUUAUUAGAAUUCAUUCGAACGAUUCAUAACGAAAAUGAUAAAAAGUAUGCUGCCAUUCUUCAUGGCGAUUUCAAUCGGAAUAAUGUUAUGUUUAAAUAUGAAGGAGAUGACAGCAAUCCAAAAGACUGCAAACUAAUUGAUUUUCAGGAACUACGUUUUGGAACUCCAUGCAUUGAUUUAAGUUUUGCUAUGUUCAUGAAUAUGGAACGUUCAAUACGGCAUGAGUUUUGGAUGGAUCUAUUAAAAUUUUACCAUAAGACAUUGUUCAAUACAAUGUCCGAAGUUCUAAAACCAAAUGAUGAAACAACUAAAAACCUUCUUGAGUCAUAUUCAUUCGAUGACUUCAAUAACCACUUUACGAAGUAUGCUUUUUAUGGCGUUAUGAUUUGUAUGCAUUUCUUACCAUGGUUAUGUGGAACUGAAGAAGAACUGAGUUUACUUUCGCAAGAGUUUGAGAGAGAUGUUCACGGGGAAUUGUUUUAUAGCACUUCCUUUGCCGCUGGAGGAGAUGACGCCAAUAACAGAAUAUUUGAAAUUUUUAAACAUGCUAGCAUAAUGGGAUACAUGAAUGUUAUAUAAAAAACCUAAAUUGAUUUUCUUUUGUACUAAAAACAUCGGGCCACUUUUAAUUGGUGAAGCACACGUAUGUUUUUGAUUGUUUUACAGUAAGGUAGGGGUCUUAAUAGAGCCGUUUUAAACCUGACAUUAAAUUUUAUUUGAUCAAACAAUUA